GAGGAUCCGGGGCGGUACAGCCGGCACUCACCCCCUGUCUCCUCCUCCUCCUCGGCCGCACACAACAGCUGAGGCUGCGCCACAAUGGGGGACAUCAGGCCUCCUCCUCCGCCGGAUGAUGGCAGCGGUACCGGAGAGCAGAAUGGAUGUGUUAGUAAUGGAGCCGGUGAGGAGGACGAGCCUCUUCUUAGGAAGAAUCCCCGGCGCUUCGUCAUUUUCCCAAUCCAGUAUCCAGACAUAUGGAAAAUGUAUAAGAAGGCGCAGGCUUCAUUUUGGACCGUGGAGGAAGUGGAUUUAUCCAAAGAUCCUGCUCACUGGGAGAAGCUGACCUCCGAUGAGAAGUACUUCAUUUCCCAUGUAUUGGCUUUCUUUGCUGCUAGCGAUGGCAUUGUCAAUGAGAAUCUGGUGGAACGAUUCAGUCAGGAGGUCCAGAUACCAGAAGCUCGAUGCUUUUAUGGCUUUCAGAUUCUCAUCGAGAAUAUUCACUCUGAAAUGUACAGCCUUCUUAUCGAGACGUAUAUCAAGGAUCCUCAGAAACGUAAUUUUUUAUUUAAUGCUAUUGAAACAAUGCCGUGCAUUAGAAGAAAAGCUGAGUGGGCCUUACAAUGGAUAUCAAACCGAGAAGCUUCCUUUGGGGAGAGAAUUGUGGCGUUUGCUGCUGUAGAGGGGAUCUUCUUCUCGGGAUCCUUUGCUGCUAUUUUUUGGCUGAAAAAGAGAGGUCUGAUGCCCGGACUCACUUUCUCCAAUGAACUUAUCAGUCGGGAUGAGGGUCUUCAUUGUGAUUUUGCUUGUUUAAUGUUUUACCACCUGGUGAAUAAACCUAUACAACAGCGAGUCGCUGAGAUCAUAGCCAGCGCGGUGAGAAUAGAACAGGAGUUUUUAACAGAAGCUUUACCUGUGGAUCUCAUUGGGAUAAACUGCAGAUUAAUGAAGACUUAUAUAGAAUUUGUGGCAGAUCGACUCCUGGGGGAACUGGGUUAUUCCAAGGUAUUUAAUGCAGAAAAUCCAUUCGACUUCAUGGAGAAUAUUUCUCUGGAGGGAAAAACCAAUUUCUUUGAGAAGCGCGUGUCUGAAUAUCAGCGCUUCGCUGUCAUGUCUCACACAGCUGAUAAUGUCUUCACUUUGGAUGCAGAUUUCUGAUUUGUCCCUGGUAUACCCGAUGGCGCUAUCACAUCCCAUAUUAUAUAUGAGGCCCAUCUGAGGACUUACGCCUACCCCCUGUGUAUGUUUUACUAAGCUGCUAUAGAAGAUGCCAAAGACGUUUUAAUUUCGAAAGACACACCUCAGGGGGAAUAUAUAAUUCCCUGCGCCAGUGUAGAGUGACAAAAUUGCGCGAAAUGUGAGCGCGUACACAUUUUUUCGUGUGAAGUGGUAGUUUGUGUAACUUUUUUUUCGGAGACACUUUGUUUGCAGAAUUUGCUCAAAAAAUGUACUACUCUACACUGGUGAAGGGAGUGAUAAAUUCCCCCUAUUGUGUAUGAGGAACAGGUGGAUAUGAUCACGGUUAUUUUAAUGCUGUAUCUGAACUCUGUCGACCUAUCCAACAAUUUUUUAUGGUUCUAAUAUUAUUGAAAGAUUGCAAAUAGUCCUGAUAUAAAAGGAACCUGUCAUCAAUUCUAUGCUGCCCAAACUGGGCAACAUAAAACUCAUGCAGGUAACACGAUGCCGGGACACUUUGAUUACUCUGACGCGCUCGGGCGUAUCAGAGUGACUAUACUGUAAUAAUGCCGCAGAGACCCGGUUAACUAGUCCUUGGGGUGGGUCCUGGGCGCGGUUCUCUGCUCAGCUGGCUUGAGUGAUGCGUCUCUCCCUAUAGCCGGGUUCACGCUACUGAAUUUCCGACUGGAAUUCUGCUCAGGAAUUUCGUUUGGAAAUUCUGCUGCAUGAAGCGUGACAUGCAGAUGAAGGGGUUUUUCAUGAACCCAUUCACACUGCAGAAUUUUCUGGUCAGAAUUUCUGACAGAAAAUUCUGAUAAAAAAUUCUGCAAGAACAUUUAACCUGCUGAAUGUUAUCGGCACUGGCCGCGCUCUGAAGCUCUGUAUGGAAGGUUUCGGUCGGGAGCUUCUCAAGUGUGAACAUGGCCUUUCAGUGUAUAGAGAGACGCAUCACUCAGCCGGGCAGAGAGCAAAUGCCAGGACCUACCCUAAUGACUAGUUACCUGGGUUUUGGCAGAAUUCUUAAAUAGUACCUGUCACCAAAUAAACUGUUCUAAACUAACUCAGGCUGUGUUCCCCAACUACUCCUAACACCCCUCCCACAAUAAAAAAAAAAAUCCAGAGCUUUAAAAAGCUGUGUAUCUUACCUUUUUUCCUGCUCGCAUAGUGCAAUUUCCCAGCAGGAGAAAGUGGGCAUUUCCCAGCAGGCAUGACAUCACUGAAGCCUGCUGGGGGAACACUUCUGCCCUCACAUUGUUGCAGCGCUGUGAUGAAUAGAAGACCUAAGGCUCUGUGCAUGUUUCAGUCUGUGUUGCUAUCAGUAAGGUUCUCCUUCAGCACUCAGUCUAUGCAGCUUUCUGUGAGAAUCUGUGGAGCUUUUACUUUCUGUGCAGCUGACAAUCAAUCUCAGGGCAGAGAAGUACUUCCUGAAUUCGGACUUCUGCCAGGCCGGGAUGAGACCAAACUCACUGUAUUAAUUGGGGCAGGGAACAGAACAGCGCCACUUAGUGGCCUUUUUUUUCUAUUACAUUUUAAACAUAUUUAUGUUGAUAAUUUUAAAAGCAAGUGAAUGGGAAAGUGUCUGCUUAUUACACAAGGAACACUAUAUUAAAAGUUUUAUUUGGUGACAGGUACUCUUUAAACUAUGAUAACUUAGAUACACCUAGGCAUCUCAGAGUAAUCAUAGUUUCCCUGAAUUGCCCUGCAUGCAACAGUUUUAUGCUGUCCACAGUUUGGGCUGCAUAGAACUGAUGACAGGUUCCUUUUAAAAUGUCUUACCAUUUUAUGUAGAUACAAGAGUUGCAGAGAUGGACAUCCCCUGUAAGGCCACGUUCACACAGUGGAAUCUCCAAGUGCAGCAGAAAAAUUCCAAUUCUGUUUCAGCCGAGUCUCUAUUGUCUCCAGAGGGAUUCUGCUGCACCGAGCACAACAUUUGCUUUGGAAAUUCUUAUUCUAAAUUAUUAUUCUUUUCAGUAUUAGUUUGGAAAUGCAUUGCCGUCUAAGGAGAUUCCAAGGGGUCCUAGCACCGGCAUGUUCUGCCUUUGCCUGCUGUCUGGGGAAUGUCUUCCCAGAAAUUUUCCAGACGGACAUUCCGCUGUGUGAACAUAGCCUAAGGGGUUGUCCUGGAUAACAAAACGGGCUCUGUUUUUUAUUCCAGAAACAGCACCACACCUGUACACAGGCUUUGUCUGUUGUCGCAGUUCAACCGAUUCCUCUAUAUUAGGGAUGAUUAAAGGAGUACUCCGGCACGCACUUUUUUCCUUUUAUCCCGUCCGGGCUGCAAAAUAAAAGAAAACACACUUUCUCUUACCUGCCAACGA